CUGCGCAAUCAUCUCCCUGCCCCACCCACAGGCGAAUCUCAGUAUGCCCCGUCUCCCCACCACCUCGACGUCCCUGACUCAUGCUCAUGCGGACCCCAGCCAAGCCCGCCCAGCGACAUACAUAGGCCGACGUUCCUGGCAUCUACCGCCGGCAUCUCUCCGGACCGGGCCGAUUAUUUCUUCUUUUGAUCCAAUUCCUUCGGGACGCUCUUUAAACUUGGCCAGUUGCCGGCAGCGUCUUCGGCUAUGCCACCGACUGACCACGCCCCUAUAAAACGAGAGACAGCCAGUGAUGCCCCGUCUUGCUUGUCACCCCGUACUCGCCGUAUAAUGGUCUCCCUCAUCCCCAUUGCCGUCCUAGGCAUCGCAUAUGCCCUUGGAGGUUUUGCUCAGAGCUCGACCUCAGCGUCUCCCCCCGCGCCUACUGGUGUCGCUCCCGAGGGCGACUAUAGUGGCAGCUAUCGUCCGAGAAUACAUUUCAGUCCUCCCCAGGGCUUUAUGAAUGACCCAAAUGGCCUGUUCCAAGAUCCCAAUGGCACAUGGCAUCUCUACUACCAAUACAACCCCACCGACACUGUGGCCGGCAACCAGCACUGGGGCCAUGCCACCUCCUCCGACUUGUACCACUGGACCAACCAGCCCAUCGCGCUCUUCCCUCCCAACUCUACCUCCGGCGUCUUCUCGGGGUCUGCUGUCCUCGACCCCGACAACACCUCUGGCUUCUUCCCUAACCAGACGGACGGAGUUGUGGCUAUCUACACUCUCAACACCGAGUAUGCCCAGGUCCAGCAGAUCGCCUACUCUUUCGACGGCGGAUACACUUUCGAAGAGUACGCUGGCAACCCCGUCAUCGAUAUCGGCUCCCUUCAGUUCCGCGACCCGAAGGUCGUAUGGUACGAGGACCACUGGGCUAUGGUUAUCGCGUACUCGGAGGACUACGUCAUCGGCGUCUACACCUCCCCCGACUUGAGGGAGUGGACGCACGCUUCCAAUAUAUCGCAUAUCGGGCUUCUGGGCGUUCAGUACGAAUGUCCGAAUCUCGUCUCACUUCCCAUCGCCAAUUCUUCCGAGACUGCCUGGGUUCUCACCAUCUCCAUCAACCCUGGCGCCCCGCUCGGUGGGUCGGUGACCGAGUAUUUCCCCGGUUCGUUCAACGGCACCCACUUCACCCCUAUCGACGGCGCUACCCGUCUCUCCAACUUUGCCAAAGACGACUAUGCCGGGCAAUUCUUCUACAACACACCUAUCAGUAUCGGGUGGGCGUCAAAUUGGCAGUAUACGAACGUGGUACCGUCGGGAGAAGAGGAGGGAUGGAGGAGCGCGAUGACGUUACCGAGGACGAAUUAUCUGGCGAACGCGACGUCGGCGGGCUGGGAUCUCGUUCAGGAGGUUGUGGAUCUCUCGCCCGUGCUCGGGGAUGAGCUCGCUUCUGGUUCUCUCGGCAAUGGGACGACGACGGUCAACUUCUCCACUGGGGUCUACCUCGAUGUCAACUUUACCAUCCCCGACGGCGUCUCUGCGUCUGCUGCGAUCAACUUUACGGUGUCGACAAAUACGACCGGGGAGAAGGUGACCGGAGGGUAUUUCCCGGAGAGUAAAGUCACUUGGCUGGACCGCGGAAAGACCGAGUUUGAGAAUGUGUUUUUCACCGACAAGUUUUCUGUCGCUCAAUACUACCUCGCUAAACGGCUUCAGCUCAUCAUCGACAAAUCUGUGAUAGAGAUUUACGUCGACAGCGGCGUACUUGUCGGCACGAUCACGGCGUUCCCGAGUGAACCUUUCUCGGCGCUCGAUCUGCAGGGUCUCGGUUUGCCGGCGGGGGCGGAUGUAGAGUAUGUGGUCUGGGAGCUAGAAGAUAUGUGGGCGUAAGGACGAGGAAAAAAAAAAGGCCUGCAAUACUUGCGCGCUUAUAAUAGAAAAGUGUUUAUUGGGUGCAAAUGACGAUGGUCAAAUGGACUUUGUAGCUAUAGCAUUCAUCAUCUAGGCCAUGCAACUAGGACGUCUCUCUACAAGCCGUCCAUCUCCCA